UAUAAACAAUGAAGUCAACGGGGACAUAGUUGCCUCUCUCAUUUGUUUGUAUUUCUCGUGAUUAUCAUUCGUGAUUAUUUAAAGAUAUGGCUGUCUGGAACGAGGCAAGUGAAGAUGCAUUGAUCAGCAUGAUCCAGGAAAGGCCGGCCUUGUAUGACAUCACGGAAAAAUCUUAUUCCAACCGAUUGGUGAAAGCUGAAAUGUGGCGUGAGAUCGAAAAUAAACUUGUCAUAUCAGAGAAAGAGCUCAAGAAGCGGUGGGAUUCAUUGCGAACCCAGUACAUGCGAUAUAAGAAACAAGGACCCUCAGGAAGUUCUGGAUCUCAGAAGACUGGCAGGCAGCAAUGGAUCCUGAACCGCCUGCAGUUUCUACAGCCUCACACAAAAAGGAAUGAGAGCACUUCAAAUUUACCUAUCAGGGAAUCUUCGGCUGAUAGUGAUUCCUGUUCACCCUCAGAUGGUACCAACAGUGACACAUGGACUGGCACCCAUGAAGAGCCCAGCUUCAUUGAGGCGGAGCUACGGCCCAGUACACCCUUGCCUGAAUCCACGAUCUGUGGAAUGGAGUCUACAGCUGAGUCCACUGCCAUUAGACAGAAACCAAAUACUCCAAAGCCUCCGGGGAAGCGCAGGAAGAUGCAGGAUGAAUCCUCCAGUGAGGAGUCCACAUACUUGAUGCGAACCAUCGGCAAAACUCUGGAAAAGUUGGCAUCACAGGAAAACACCAAUGAUGCCAUCUCAGCUUUCUGCAAAAAUCUAGAACACAGAAUGCGGAGUUUGCCACCACAUGUACUGCCACAUUUUCAGCAUGAGGUUGAUGAUUGCAUUUUCAAAUAUUCAGUGGGCCACAACCAUUCACUGGAUGCAUCUGUCAAUCAGUAUACACACCUGUAAUGUGUUACAUUGCAAAAGUGUAAUCAUGUUUGCAGUAUAUUGUAGGUUGUACAUGUACAUUUGUAAUUUAUAUUAUAGUUGUAUUAUAGUGCUUGUACAAUUCUAUUUAGUAUUUAAAGUCUCUUCUAUUUUUUAAUUAUUUACCUUCUAGCAAAUUGUUGGGCCAUUGUUCUGAACAUUGCAAAAUAAAACACUGACUUUUAGUAAAAAGGUACUUGCAUUCACAAUUCUUUAUGUAAAAAGAGAUCACAAAAGACAUAAUUAUGUCAAAUCCUGACUUUUAUUGAGCAAAUUCCCA